AUGGCGGCUUCGAUUAUCACUCGGGGAUCCAGUUCCCUGGACUCUCUGACUGGACGCUCUCGUCCCAAGAUCCAGAUCGACCUUGCCAAUCAGCCGGGGGGACUUGUCAGCUCGUAUACCACCAAGGACCACAUCGAAGGAACCGUGACCAUCAAAGUGGACCAUGACACGCGCUUUGAGGACGUCGAAAUCACUUUUGAAGGAACAGCAAGAACGUCGGUCGAGCGGGCAGCCUACCCUGGCCGCACAGGGGCUUAUCAGACAUUCCUCAAGCUGCGCCAGCCCAUUGAUGACGCCGCAUACCCAACUCCCCGCAUUCUUGAGAGUGGACGCUCCUACCAGUUCCCCUUUACCUUUGUCAUCCCCGAUCGUCUGCUCCCCCAUGUCUGCAGCCACUCCAAGACCAACGUCCAUGUGGAGCGGUCCCACACAUUGCUGCCUCCAACCUUGGGGGACCCCAUGCUCGCCAGCAACGGAAAGACAUUGCUGGACGACAUGGUGCCCGAGAUGUGCCAGGUCUCGUACAUGAUCCGGGUUGUCGUGAACCGCAAGCCCGCCGGUGAGAGCGGCGCGCGCAAGCCCCUCGCCUCGGCGGGAAAGAAAGUGCGCAUCAUCCCUACCGUCGACGAGGAACCGCCGCUCAACAUCUCCGAGGGCGAGGACCCCUAUUGCACCCGCAAGGAGAAGGACGUCAAGCGCGGACUCAUGCGCGGCAAGCUGGGCCGCUUGGUCGUGGCUGCCUCGCAGCCCAAGCCGGUCCAGCUGACUGCGCCCCAGUGCGAGACAAAGGACUCCGUCGGGACAGUGGCAACCAUCCACCUGCGCUUCGAUCCCGUCGGCAACGAAGCCCCGCCCCGGCUCGGCAGCGUCUGGAGCAGACUGCGCGUAUCGACAUUCUACGGCGCUGUCCCUUGGGAAGACUACCCGUCCGCCCUGUCGGCGACCUUGUGGGCGCAAGCCGGGAAGAGUGUCUACACUGAGACCGUGCCCCUGUCUACCCUCUGCGUCGCCUCCGCCCAGUGGACUAAGCACUCGGUCUCGAGCCCCGUCCGCCGCGGCUCAUUGGAGUCUACCUCCUCGUCUGAGUCGCUGACGGGACCCUCUGCCUCUUUCUCGGGGAGCACCUACUAUACCGCCUCGGUAGUGGUGCCCGUCUCCCUUCCCGCGUCCAAGGCCUUUGUUCCGACCUUCCACUCCUGCCUCAUUUCCCGAAUGUACGCCCUCGACCUGAGCAUCUCGUACCACACUCCGAACGCCAACAUCCUGACUCCCAGUGCGUCCCUUCGCGUUCCACUUCAGCUCACCUGCCAGCCCCAGGCAGAUGCGCGCCCUAAGUACGGGGUCGGGGUCCACGAAAUCACACUGGAAGAGGUGGACGCCGAGUUCUUCAGCCCUCGCAGCGUUGCGCCCCCGUCCAUCAGCUCCUGCGAGUCAUUUCCCCUAGCACAGUCGAACCCCAUCGCGCCUCCACCGGAGUAUUCCGCCAUCCGGGCGCCGUUGCUGGCGAGCGGGCAACCGCGGCGAGUUGCUGCUGGUUUUUAA